CCAGAGGGCGCUGCGGGGCGAGCCCCCGGCCCGGCUCCGUUUCCGGUUGUGUCGGGGCAUGGCGGGGGAUGGCGGCGCGGCUGCCUCCCGGGAGCUGCUGGCCGUGGGGCUCCGAGGAGGGCUGGAAGAAACUUUGUUGAUCAGAUCAAAAUGCAGCAACAAGGAGGCCACAACCUUACAGACAAUGAGGAUGCCAAGGAGUAGCCUUUUGGACCGAGUACAGAGCUUUUUGCCACAGAUGGCCCAUGCAAAUGAUGAGCUAAGAAGAAAAAUGGUUACAGCACCAGCUCAUCAGUUUGAUAUUGAAAAUCUAGACAGUGCAACAGAAAAAGUUAUAGAAAUGAAUGUGGCUGUAGUUGAACUGAGCGAUUCUGAUACAGAUGAAGAGAUAUUAACUUCAGAAGAUGACUCUGAAUCUGAAGAUGACUUUAUAGCUGGCGAAGUGACAAUAGACAACAUUAAGUUUCCUAAAAAGAAGGGAGAAAAAGGCAAAAUAGAAAUUCUGGACAGCAAAGUGAACGAGUAAAUCUAUUUUAUUUUACUAAAAAAAAAUUAAAAUAAAUUAACCAAAUCAAACUCACCGAAAACCCCAAAUCAUGUUUCUUACUUUAAAGAUUUGGCCCUUAAAAAACACCUUGUUUCCUGAUGUAGCAUCCCUCAGGAUCAUGUGAAAUGCUAUAGUUUACAUGGUGGACAAUUUAGGAUCCACUCAUGACUGAGACAGGCUGGAUUUCUAAAGAAUUAAGUAUGUUUUUAUUCAUUGAGCAACAUGGAAGUUCAUUUCAUAGCAGAUUAGACUAAGAAAGCAGCGAACAUUUGCGGCACUUAGAACUAGUUAAAAUUAUUCUGUUGCUUUGUUGAAGAAAGGUUGUUGAAGGAAGAUUUUUGUAGUGUGCUGGAAGAGGUUUUUGCUUCAAGGGCAGGGAAGAGUUAACUAAGAAAAAAGCUUUGGUUUUUAUAUCCUAUGUCCCGUGAAGUGUUGUGGACAAUGCUUCAAUAUUAAACAGUUUCUUGAAGUGCGAUA